CCCGGGGUUGGGAGGAUUGUGCUAGAUCUUUAGUACCAAAUGUCAAGCGUUUCUAGUGGAAGCUUAUAGGAGGAAAAUUAUGUUCCUGUCUGAAUCACCACCUCUUAUUCUAGAGAAUUUGGAUAUCUCAAGUUUCAACUCAUUCUUAUAUUCUGACAUAUCUAUCUGGGUGAUUGCUUUGGUCCUCAUCUUCUUCAUCUUUGAUUUCAUGUGAUUUACUUGGAAAUACAUAGAAAGCUCUACUUUGAUAGCAGACCUGACAAUUUGAUGCUUUUCGUUAUUUCAUAUAGCCAAACUGUUAUAAGCUUUUGUUAACAUGUUGUGGACCUCUAAGGUUACAGUGUCUUUUACUCCAUGCAGGUGGAACGUGAAACCAUUUGACUGGUGAUGAACCCACAUUAAUGGGAGAAAAUUCAUCUGCCCAUGGAAAAUAUACGUAUUUCCAUGACCAGAAGUAUCCCCAUGAAGCAAUCGACGUCCACCACAUUGAGGUCCGAAGUAACGGUGCAAAGGGUGUUUUUGUCUCUCUCCUUGCUGCCACCAUCGUGGGGAAUGCGUUCUAUCUUCUCCUCGUCAAGGAGAAAUCAGUUACUCUUAUUUUCUCAAGCAUCCUUUUGUGGGCAUUUCUAAGAAAAUUGUUGCUCGGGAAACCUGUUAAGAAAGAAUCUGUGGUGAUUAUGCCAACUCUUGGAGUACAGCUUGAAACUGUCUAUCUGAGUGGCCGAAUCAUGCGUCAGUUUGUUCCCGUCAGCAAAAUUUUAAAACCUGUGCUACAAGAAUGCGUCACACCAGUCACUUGUUAUUGGAGCCUGUCUUUGUUUUUGCGUGAGGAAGAAGAACUGACGCCCGUUUUCAAGGAACUACGUCCACCAUUGAAGAUGCUAAUCCCAGUAUGGAAAGCACUUUGUGCUGCCACUGGUGAAGUUAGCUCACAUUCAUACACAGAGGACGGCGGGGAUGCUGAUGAAGGAGGUCGAUCUGAGAUAAACCCGUGAUGUGAUUGGGCCAUUUCUUUUGAAAUACAGAAGCCACUCGAUCCAUCGCCUUAAAAGAAAGUCACGCCACAGUGACCCUGUCCAAUUUGGCCGAUUGAACUGUUACUUUCACUGCUUGAGAUGUUCUUCGGCGCAACUGCCAUCGAAGUGGUUGCUUCCAUGUCUCAUCGCACCCGCUUAUAUGUGUGUGGAUGUAUUUGGCAUAUACGUGUGAUAAACCACGAUCAAAUCUUGUCGAAGUCUUGGUGGAUGAUGCCAUGGGAAACCAAUCGGAAGUUGAAGGUGGAACUGAUGAAAAUUCGAUUUGUUUCCCGUGCGUGGAUUGAGAAGCUUGUGGCUGAUCAAACCCCGAACUCUUGGUUUGGGCAUGCGAAGAGUAAAAGAUUGCCGGGUUGAACUCAUUCGAACUGGGUCCUUG